AUUCUACCAUGACUAAAACGGAUGCCUACAUCUAUUCGUCUCUAAUAAUUAUCACAUCUUUUGUACCAGUAUUGUGCAUCCAUAAUUACAUGCUACGACAAUCUUUGCUAGGUCGUAAAUUUAAGAUUGCAACAAUGGCCCUGAUUUACGAAAAAGUCUUAAAUCUUAAUAAAUCGGUUUUUGCUGAGACAACGGUAGGCCAGAUGGUCGACCUGAUAUCGAACGACGUGACCAGAUUUGAAGCGGCCAUGUUGUUCAUUCAAGAUUUGUGGAUGACUCCCCUCCAACUGAUUAUCGUGCUAGUGCUGCUAUAUAUUUACGUUGGACCAACGGGGCUAGCAGGGGUAGCGGUGAUGAUUGGUUUUAUACCAUUUCAAAUUUGGUUGAGCAAGAAAAUGUCCGCCUAUCGGCUGAGGACGGCAUUAAAAACUGACGAAAGGAUUCGCAUAAUGAGCGAAGUGAUAUCUGGUAUUCAAGUCAUCAAAAUGUACACGUGGGAAAACCAUUUUCUAAGUUGGUGGAAUUUAGUAGAAAGCUUGUUGAGUUACUAG